AUGCUGGCUCCUAUAUUCAGUUUUCGUCGUGUUGGGGUUCACGCGGCACCUUCGUCGCCACAAGGCACACGUUCAAUCAUGCCAAAAUGGUUUUCGAAAGUUCCCUCAAACCUCACACUGAUGAAGAUUCUCUUUUUCACUGCGGCUAAUUUCACGUUUCUUGGCAUCUUGUACGGCGUCAACAGAGGCACAAUUUUAAAUACGAGAGAGCGACGUGUUCUAAUAUCAAUAGAAAAUGCUACACGCGUCGACGAUACUUUACCAGUGACAAAAACUGAUCUUCCUUUUGAAAACUUUCAACUAAAACCGCCAAAUAAAAGUGAAAAAUUGAUUAACGAGCAGGUCGCAGAAUCUAAUCCGAACGUCAUUAAUUCCGAAUUGAAUCACAUAACGCCCAAAUUGAAUAACACGUGCGCCUGGUACGUCCACACGUGGAACGUGAAAUUCAACAACUUGUACUGGCAAGUGCAAAAAACGAAGAACGUUACGUACCUGCUUUACGGAGCCUACUACGACAACCGGCCACGUAAUCUGAAUGGCACCGUUUUGCGAGUCCUCGGCAUGGUUGACAAAAUUGACCCUCCAAUUAGCCUGCAUUGCCUGAUGUGGUUUGUCAACGAAACCAAGCCAUUCAUUUCAAAGAUGUAUGAAUAUCAGUACAUGUGGCGGAGCGAGUGGGGCUUCUGGCAAGAGCCGCUGCAGCCGUAUCUGAUGAGCUGCAAAGUGCCUCCAGAACUGGGCAACCGAGUUCCAGAAUCAGUCACCGUCGUCGAAGACAUUUGCCCAACAGGCACCAAUAACCUCAGGGUUAUUUACAACACUCCGCCCUCGGGUCGGAAAAAAGAUUUCGCAGUCUGCGUGAAAGGAUUAAAUUUCUAUAACUGGCCCGAUAUUGCCGUCCGACUGGUGGAGUGGCUUGAACUGCUCAGAAUUCUCGGAGUGGAAAAAGUCAUCAUUUACCAACUCACAGUGGACCCAAAAAUAGAGACGGUUUUGAAGUAUUACGAAAAGUUAAAUAAUUCGAAGUUCGAAGUUGAUGUUGAGCACACAACUCUGCCUGGAGAAUUUUCAAACGUGCCCAGUCUCAUGGAAGAAUAUCUUUGGAAAAGACUCCCAAUUCAACUUUUUCAAGAAAUGAUUCAGUACGAUGACUGCUUUUACAAAAACUUUCACCAAUUUAAAUUCAUCUCCUUACUGGAUAUAGAUGAGGUGAUUUUGCCGAAAACAGUUUCCACGUGGCAACAGUUGAUGUACGGAAAAGUGAUACCAAUGGCCAAAAAGCAGCGAAACAUCACCUGGUCGUCGUUUGUCGCAACCAACGUCCACUUCAUGGACGACGCGGCCGAGUUGAAUGAAUGGUUCCCGCACAUCCCCCAAUACAUGCACAUGCUGCAACAUGUGCGGCGGAACAAAGAGUACAUUGGCAUGGGUGGCGGAAUCAAAUGUAUUCACGACACGGAACUGAUUUUGUCCCUGCACAACCACUACCCGCGGGCGUGCAUCGGAGACAAAACGUUUUGGUGUCCGACUUUCGAGAUGGACCGGAAGGACGUCCACCUGCAGCACUACUGCUUCGGACGUGGAAAAGACGUUUGUCAAACAAAACCAGGCAAAGACAUGAUUAUGGACACAUCCAUUUGGCAGUACAACAACGAUUUGAUUCCGGCUGUGCGCAAAGUUCUCAAGGGUGCUGGAAUAAUUGAUAAGAAUGCACCUUGAUAAUAUUUUCUUGAUUAUUUAUGAAUAAAUGCAUGUUUAAAGCUGCCUUUGAAUGUUAAAAUUAUUUUAAUUAUUUUCUUCUAAAAAGUAAAUUUUGGAGCAUGCGAGACAUGUAAAAUAAAUUGAAUUAUUUAUAUACAAAUUAAAAAUGAAAGAUUAUAUUUGUUCAAUUGCAAAUAUUUUUAAUAUUCAAUUUGUUGAGUGGGUUUCUGGGGUCUGGAUUGUCUGGAAUAAUAUCAAACAUGAAAUGUUAAUGUAGAAGACUGUGUUAUUAUUUGCAUCAACUGAAAUAAUUAUGGUUAAUUGUUAUUAAAAAACUGCUUUAUAAUUUUAACU